GGGGUCUAAUCUAUAUGGUGCUAUAAAACAAAUAAUUUUGUCAUUAUCACAGUUAUUAUCGCAAGAUUCUGGUAUACAAACAUUUAACGUUGGAUCAUAAUAUUAGAGGAGUGUUAUAAUUCAGUGAGUCACGGUGGAUGAUUCACCAAGUGAUCGAUUUCGAGUUUGAUUACAGGUUAUCCGAUAGACAGAUAUCAAGAUGCUGCAACAAAUCCUACGCGACAUGUAUGUUGACCCAGAGAUUCUAGCGGAGCUAGAUGAAGAUCAGAAGCAGACUCUGUUUUGCAAGAUGCGCGAAGAGCAGGUGAGACGAUGGAAGAGUUGGAAUGACAGACUGGCUGAUGAUAUGGUGAAAGAAACGAAAGGAAGCAAAAAGAAAGUUGAUUUUUUACUAGGAGUUGAUGGACAACCUUGGGUGUGGGUUAUGGGUGAACACGGAGACGACAAAUCCAUAGAAGAUAUUUUAAGAGAAGAAACGGCUGAAAAGGCGAGAAUAUUAGCGGAGAAAGAGACUGAAAAACUAAGAGAAGAGGUGAAAAAGGAAAUGAAAGCUCAAUUGAUAGAAGACUAUGUAGAUUUAACUCAUAAGAUUGAAGAAAGUUUGCCUAAGCUAAGAAUAGAAGAUGACAUGGAUAUAUACUGCUCCGUAGAAGAGAUACAGGCCAAAAUACACUCGAAGCCACAAAAAAACAUCAACAACUACACGAUGAAUGUCAUGAACAAAAAAUUUAAUGAAACUCCCGAAUUCAUUAACACUCAAAAAGUUGCCCAGAAGGUGGCGUUAUGGGAGCAAAAACUUCUGACUGACAAAACAACUGAAAUCUUCCAAAAAAUACAGAAGAAACACCAACAGGUUGCUAAAGAGGCAGAAGAAGAAGAAAGGAGGAAAGAACAGGUUUGGCAGGAACAAGAGAGAAAAGCAAAACAAGCUGAGCAACAAAUAAGGGAAAUAGCAAGAAGGGCAAGAGAAGAGCACAAAUUGAACACAACUUUUCUAAUUGACACUAACUACAGUACCAAUAACUCAGAAGUGCCUCCUGGAAGACAAGCCGUGAUUGAUUGGUACAAAAGUAAGAGAAGGAACGAUUAGCAGGGUUAGAUUCUUCUAAUAACGUUAUGCCAUGGUUUCACGGUCUCAUUACGAGGCAAGAAGCUGAAUCACUCCUAUUGGACCAACGGUGUGGUACUUUCUUGGUACGACUAACCGAAAGGGUCUGGGGCUAUGCCAUAUCCUACAGAGCACAAGAAAAAUGCAAGCAUUAUUUAGCGAACGCAGUGCCAAAAUACAGUUUUGUAGGAAAUAAUCAAAAAGAACACGAAACGUUAGAUCAGAUGAUUUCAUUCCAUAAGACUUAUCCCUUAACUGGAGGAGAGACUCUGCAAUACCCCUGUCCAAGAUCAUCGACGAACGCAAUUGAUGAACUGUUUAACGAAUAAAAACCAACGUAUACGUAUUUUUAGAGAAGCCCUGUGAUUUUUGUUGGUAUUUAAGUAGACAUUUUUUAGUUAUUUUGUAGACAUUACGAUGUAAUCAAUUUGUAAACGUUUAGAUCUCCACGAGUGGAUUUAGGACGUAAUGAAAUUCAUUUUUUGUAUGAAUUUUAAGGAUGCAGUCAAAUCUGUUAUAAAUUAUAGUUAAGUUUUUCUUUUUAUUUAUUCGAACAGUAAAUAUGUAUUUUUAAUACCUAAAAAAGAUACCUACCUUGCAACUGAC